UCUCAGCAUCAUGCCGUCUUGUGCCCACUUUCCGCCUGUGGACCAAAUUCGCAUUGCCAUCAUCUGCGCACUGGCGCUCGAAGCAGAUGCAGUCCAAGCUGUCCUGGACGAAUCAUGCAAGCUGCCCACGGACUUGUAUACUCCACUGCCAGAUGACCCGAAUACCUACACCCUGGGACGCAUCGGCCCGCACGACAUCGUCCUCGUCGAGCUGCCCGGCAUCGGGACCCUCAACGCCACGAUCGGAGCAGGGUAUCUACGACGGCGAUUCCCCCAGGUGCACCUUGCCCUGCUGGUCGGCAUCUGCGGCGCAGCGCCCUACUCCCCGGACGGAACGGACAUCUUCCUCGGAGACGUGCUGAUCAGUCCAAGAACUGGGCGGGAAGCGAGCAAACCUGCCUCGGACGAGUUGGUGCGCAACUCCUCCCAGCCCCCGAAAGCCGUCCUGCCAGCGCAGCGUAGGAGCGGCAAAGAGCAAUCAUCCAUCAUUCUAACAUUCAUCGCGCUCUUUUUUUGGCGCUCGCGUUCUGUGCUAGAACCUCGAAUCGGCGCACCACUCUCCCUCCCUGCAACAACGACUCGCAUCUCAUCUCCGCACGGCCCAGCAAGCAUCAGACGAGCGUAAAUACCAGUUCCCCGGCGCAGAGCACGACCGGCUCUUCCCCGCUCAGUAUCGGCACCGCCAUCCAGAUUCCGACCCUUGCAUCUUGUGCCGCGAGCACGGUCGCACCAAGGGCCCCGGCUGCAUUGACACGGUGCAUCUCUCCUGCGACGAGGCGGUCGACUGCGAACGGUAUCUGGGGCAAGAAGUAGCGGGGAGUCUCCGGC